GCCGAGUGGAAGCAAAAGUCCUACCAGAAGCGGAAAAACGGUUCAUACAUACCUUGCCCUAGUGAUGAGCAGUUCUGUGACUGUGUGUGGUUUUCCUCGCCCCCCUGGUUCCACAACUUUCUAACCCACCACUGCACUGGGUUGGAGCAAUGUGGGUGGCAAGCGGUUUUGGUGGAGAAACGGUUUUCUGGGGCAACGGGACAUAGUUCUCAGCCGGUGGUGAUGAUGCUGUUGUAGCUGAUUUUGCAGUAGUGGAGUAGGUCAACCUUGCGUUGUCCUUUUCGUGUGCCUCGGCAGAGCAGCUGUGCUAUAAGUGAAAAAUGUGACGGGAAGUGGAAACGCGGUGGUACACUCCAAUACAAACACACAUACACAAACAAGGAAAUGCGAAGAUUGGAACGGCGGAGUUAUGCAAAAUAUAGCACCACUGACGAAAAUACUAAUAGUGAAUUCAGUGGGAGUGUGAAAGCGCCAACCGCCCGGUUAUGAGAUAAGUGUCGCAAGUAAACGGAGUGGAGUGAAAGGGACCGAAAAAGUGAUAAUAAUAAUUAAAUUACCCAUAUAGUUGCAAUUAAGGGCACAGUAAAUUUCGAAGAACGGCAAGUGUUAACAUCGUAGCAAGCACCAAAUGACCGCCGAUAGCGAAGGGUGACCGCAUCCUGCAGAAAUCGUGCUGCAGCAGUGGUUAACCGGCUAUUAUUCAAUGUAAUUUGCAUCGGCAUUGAUGGCGCUCAGAGUGAUGCUUGCCGGAGUGGAGAUGGUUCAAUCGCCGGUGACGGUUUCCACACUGGAUCCGUUGGUUCCGAACCCGGGUGAUGGCACCUGGAACGGAACAUCAUUCCCAGUGCUCACUACGACCGGUACGGAUUUGGCGAACGAGACGACCAUGCUGUCCUCGGGCGACCGGAUUGCGGAGGUGGCCAUUUUGUGUUUAAAAAGUUUAAUCUUCGGAUCAAUCAUCAUCGGGGCUGUGCUUGGGAAUGCACUCGUUAUCAUUUCGGUGCACAAAAAUAGGAAGUUAAGAGUAAUUACCAAUUAUUUCGUUGUAUCGUUAGCAAUGGCAGACAUGCUGGUGGCACUUUGCGCCAUGACUUUCAAUGCGUCCGUCGAACUAUCGGGCAGGUGGUUGUUUGGACCGUUCAUGUGCGACGUUUGGAACAGCCUGGAUGUGUACUUCUCGACCGCCAGUAUUCUGCAUCUCUGCUGCAUUUCCGUCGACAGGUACUUUGCCAUCGUGCGACCCCUCGAGUACCCGUUGUACAUGACACAGCGGACGGUCGGCUUUAUGCUGGCAAACGUUUGGAUGCUGCCGGCGUUGAUAUCCUUCACGCCCAUCUUCCUCGGCUGGUACACCACGGCCGAACAUCUGGAAACGCUCAAAGACAACCCGGAACUGUGCAUCUUCGUGGUGAACAAAUCCUACGCCCUAAUCUCCAGCUCGAUCAGCUUCUGGAUACCGGGUAUCGUUAUGGUGACGAUGUACUACCGGAUAUACAAGGAAGCCGUUCGACAGCGGAAAGCCUUGAGCCGCACCAGUUCCAACAUCCUGCUGAACAGUGUCCAGAUUAACAACUCUAACACGCUGCACGCAAACUACCACCGGAAUCACCAUUUGCGUGCGAGCGAUUGUGAUCUCGGGAUCGACAUGAAAGACAUUCAGCACGACACCCACAGUGAGCUGAGUGAUUUGGACGGAGUUUGUCGUGCCGUUUAG